UCCAUCUAACAAACGUUAGUUAGUACCUCGAAUACUUUCUGUCAUCUGCACAUCAUAUUUGUAACAAGAAUUGGAAAGAAAGUUGCAGAAACAAUUUCCUAUAAAAACACAGAUAAGUAACUCGACCUCCAGACAACUGCAUGCUGAGGUGGACGCGGUACAUAACGUGUAUUGAAACUGAAAUUUUAGUGUGAAAACGUUGCAAAAAGUGCUGCUGAUUCCUGUGAAUAUUACAUCCCGAUGGCAUACAGAUAUCGAGGUAGAGGAUAUGGUGGCCAUAGAGGUGGAUAUCAACGAUAUGACAUCAAAGAGUCCGAUGACGUGUUUCCAGUGAAAAGGGCAUAUGCUUAUAGCGGACCAGCCCCUCAUUUAGGAACUCCUUCUGUUAUUGGAAAUUAUUCCAUUGAUGGGAACAGGGAGUUUGGUUAUGACAGAUCCAUGCUGCAGUUUCUCCAGAGAAAAUACUUGCCUGAAACAAAAAUGAAUGUACAUCUGGAUCUGAAUAAGGGUCAUCAAGAUACAGUUGAGUAUAAAGGAAAUUCACAAGAAAGCUUUGAAAACUUCUUGCAGUGGGUUUUCAGUAAUCAAGAUGACUUGAAGUCUGACAAGACAUCAUCAAGGCUCUCCGCUGAUGUUUUAUGCAUGCGAGGAUUAUUAAAAAAAAUUAUGAAGACUCCAUAUAAUCCUAGAGAGCCAUGGACUAUCCUUGUAACAGGAUUUAAAGGAACACUGUACAUGGUAAACUGGAAACCUUACAGUGAGGACAAAGAAGAAAAUGAAGUGCCAAAGAAU